CAAUUCCACGCUCUAUAUAUAUAUAUGAUAAAAUCGCUUUCAAACUUCUACGGUAACCCGACAUUUUCUGUUUUUCCUCAAUAAAAGAUUUCUUUUUUUUCCUUUUCCGAUAAAAUUAAUUAGGCAACCGUAUCUUAAUCUCCGAUCUUUCCGCUUCUAUCAGAUUUUCAGAUUUGAUGAACUCAGGUUCGUUCAAUCUUUUUCUCCAAACAAUCUUCUUUGCUACCAAAUUUCUGGAAUCUAGGGUUCGAUUAUAUCUCUUUUAGAUUAUCCAUUAUUUUUGUAAUUCGUUUUAGUUUCGUUUUUAUUUCCUUUUUUAGAUUAAGAAGAGUUCAUAUUUUAGAAUAAUUAAAAAAAAUGGAUUCUGCAAGAAGUUGGUUUCACAAGUUUCAACCACGAGAUAAGCCUCGGAAAAAGGAUAUGUUCUCCGGAAGCACUUACGGCGGUGGCGUGACAGAAACCACCGUCCCCGACGGAGGAAAUGAUACAGAAACGGCAACGAAACUUCCACCACUAGGCGGUGACGGAGAAGCACUCUCAAAUUCAACAAAACAGAAAGUUGCUGCAGCCAAACAGUACAUUGAGAAUCAUUAUAAGGAACAGAUGAAGAACCUCAACGAGAGGAAAGAGAGACGAACAACGUUAGAGAAGAAGCUAGCGGAUGCAGAUGUAUGUGAAGAAGACCAAACCAAUCUUAUGAAGUUUCUUGAGAAGAAAGAAACAGAGUACAUGAGACUCCAAAGGCAUAAAAUGGGUGCUGAUGACUUCGAACUCUUAACUAUGAUCGGUAAAGGUGCUUUUGGAGAGGUUCGAGUUGUUAGAGAGAUCAACACAGGUCAUGUUUUUGCUAUGAAGAAACUCAAGAAAUCAGAAAUGCUUCGCAGAGGCCAGGUGGAGCAUGUAAGAGCAGAGAGGAAUCUAUUGGCAGAAGUAGAUAGUAACUGUAUAGUGAAGCUUUACUGUUCUUUUCAAGACAAUGAGUAUCUUUAUCUGAUAAUGGAGUAUUUGCCCGGUGGCGAUAUGAUGACUCUUCUGAUGAGGAAAGACACUUUAAGUGAAGAUGAAGCUAAGUUCUAUAUCGCCGAAUCUGUUCUCGCUAUAGAAUCUAUCCAUAACCGCAACUAUAUCCACAGAGACAUAAAGCCGGAUAACUUGUUGCUUGAUAGAUAUGGACAUUUAAGGUUAUCUGAUUUUGGACUAUGUAAGCCAUUGGAUUGUAGUGUUAUUGACGGAGAAGAUUUCACGGUAGGAAAUGCGGGUAGCGGAGGAGGUUCAGAGAGCGUAUCAACCACUCCUAAACGCUCGCAGCAAGAACAGUUGGAACAUUGGCAGAAGAAUCGAAGAAUGCUUGCUUACUCAACCGUUGGUACACCAGACUACAUUGCACCUGAAGUCUUGUUAAAGAAAGGAUACGGCAUGGAAUGUGACUGGUGGUCACUAGGAGCUAUAAUGUACGAAAUGCUGGUUGGGUAUCCACCCUUUUACGCCGACGACCCAAUGUCUACUUGUAGAAAGAUAGUGAAUUGGAAAACACAUUUGAAGUUCCCUGAAGAAUCAAGGCUAUCACGAGGGGCAAGAGAUCUUAUUGGUAAGCUCUUGUGUAGCGUUAACCAACGACUAGGCUCUACUGGUGCCUCCCAAAUUAAGGCACAUCCUUGGUUCGAAGGUGUACAAUGGGAAAAGAUUUACCAAAUGGAAGCUGCGUUCAUUCCUGAGGUCAACGACGAUUUGGAUACUCAAAACUUUGAGAAGUUCGAUGAGGAAGAUAAUCAAACUCAAGCACCUUCUAGAACAGGGCCAUGGAGAAAAAUGUUAUCUUCAAAAGACAUAAAUUUUGUCGGCUACACAUACAAAAACUUUGAAAUCGUCAACGAUUAUCAAGUCCCCGGUAUAGCCGAACUAAAAAAGAAAGAGUCAAAAUCAAAGAGACCAUCGGUUAAGUCACUAUUCGAGAGCGAAUCAGACUCGUCAUCUUCUGGUUCGGAGCAACAGACCAUUAACCGGAGCUAUUCUAAUCCGACGCCUCGUGGAAUGGAACCCAACCUGAGACGUCUAGAUUCUGAGUAGAUAUAUAUCUGUUAUGCCUAUGUAUAUGUAAACCAAAUUAAACCGGAAAAUAAUGAGCUUAAAUGUACUAAAAACGUAAGUAAACUGAAGAUAACUAACUACACUCUUCUUUCUUUAAUACAAAGAAAAAUAGAUUGCAAGUCUUUUUUUAAUCCCACUUUGAGAAGCCA